AUGCGGCUCAUAUGUUUUUGGUGUAUGUUUGUGACUGCGCUGGCGCAGGAGUACUACGCGCCACAGACGUUUAAUCAGGCUGGACCAUACUACAGGCCUAUGUUUACGCGUGAUACCAGCACAGCAGGUACUGUCGCGCAGUCGUGGAAACCAGCAAACGAAGGGCCAGCGUAUGAAGACUAUUCUGACAGGGGAUACAGAGGAGCACCACCCGCGAAAGCUGAACCGUGGCGUGCGCCUUACGGGAUACCGAAGGAGCAGCAGGCAUCCAUAUUGCAUCAUAAACAAUCGCUGAGUUCAGAUGGCGCUUUUCGGUUCGAGUACGCGUCCGACAAUGGUUUAGCAGCUGGUGAAAUGAUCGAGCCCGACGGUUCCAGAGUUGGUGCUUAUCAAUACAAAGACCCUAACGGACAGCUGGUGAAACUGAAGUAUAGAGCUGGAAAAGAAGGAUUUCAGAUUCUCGAAGGCAGUCAUGUACCUAAAAGUCCAGCACCCACAAACCCACAGAGUUCUGAUGCAUAUUACCAGGAGGCGUACGAUCAGCAACGAAGACAAUAUGAGACGCCACAGUACAGUCAGCAACGCCCUGAACCUAAUCAGGGUCCAAUAGAACCACGUGGGGCAGGGGGGCAAUAUUAUGUACAGAACUGGAGGCCUGAUGGCCAAUCCGAUGGCCAGUACCGCGAAAAUGACGUCGAACCAAACAGAGGUCCACACUCGUUUGGCGAAGGCUACGCGUUCGCUUUCCAGGGAAAACAUAACAACUACCAAUAG